AUGGGACAUUUCGCAUGGAUUAAAAAUCUAUCGCAGUUAGUGAGCAAGCAGCUGAAUAAGCACAACGGUCGAAAAUACAUCUGUGAUCGAUGCCUUCAUUAUUUUUCAUCUCAUGAGAAGCUCCAAUCACAUGAGGUGGAUUGUGGCGAGAUGAACGAUUGCGCGAUUCUGCUGCCUAAUGCACAUGACAAAUGGUUGGAAUUCAAGAACGUGAAUCGAAAGGAGCUUCUACCGUUCAUCGUGUAUGCCGACCUCGAGUGCAUUUUGAAAAAAACCACGGCUGAAGAUAUGGACCGCAAUAAAUAUCAACAUCACCAAGUCUUCAGCGUGGGAUACUACGUCAACUGCUCGUAUGACGAAUCAUUGUCAGGGUAUCACACACAUCGGGGCGAGGACUGCGUUCAAUGGUUCGUACGUAGAUUAGAACAAUUGGCGAAACAAGUAGCAACCAUUUUAUAUACCAUCAUUCCGAUGAAAGAAUUGACUCCACAAGAGUGGCGAAAAUUCCGAGAAAAUACGGAAUGUCAUAUCUGUGAGAAACCAUUCGUACUGGGUGAUAUUCGAGUACGCGAUCAUUGUCAUUUAACAGGCAAAUUCAGAGGUCCAGCGCAUCAAGACUGUAAUUUAAAAUAUCAAGAGUCUUUCUUCAUCCCCAUAGUUUUCCAUAAUUUGUCGGGUUACGAUGCUCAUUUUAUCAUCAAAGAAGUAGCUACGGCGUUCAAGGGGAAAACUGAUUUACUACCUAUAACGAAAGAAAAGUAUAUUUCUUUUUCGAAAACCGUUAUAACUUCGAAAGAUCAUAGAAAAAAUAUUAAGUUGCGCUUCAUUGAUUCAUAUAGAUUUCUGAACACAAGUCUUGAUAAAUUAGCAUCUUUCUUGACUCCUGAUCAACUCACGGUUUUAAAAUCUGAAUUCCGAGAUACCGAUAAUUUCAAUCUGUUAACGCGAAAAGGUGUAUUCCCAUACGAGUACAUCGAUAGCUUUGACAGACUGGAGGAAACGGCACUUCCACCGCGAGCAUCAUUCUAUAGUUCUUUAACCGAUUCAACGGUAUCGGAAAAUAAGUACGCUCAUGCUUUGACCGUUUGGGAGCGAUUUUCCACUCAAACACUUGGAGAAUACAGUGAUUUAUAUUUAAAAACCGAUGUUUUAUUGCUAGCUGACAUUUUUGAAAAUUUUCGUAACACCUGUUUGAAAAGUUACGGUCUCGAUCCCGCAUAUUAUUAUACACUUCCUGGAUACACCUGGGAUGCAAUGAUGCGAUACACAAAGAUCAGAUUCGAAUUGCUCACAGAUAUUGACAUGGUCUUAUUUAUGGAAAGAGGCAUUCGUGGAGGUCUAAGCCAAUGCAGUGGUAGAUAUGCCCGCGCCAAUAAUAAAUACAUGCCAUCUUAUGAUCCGUCGGAACCGUCUACGCGUACCGGCGAGGUCGGGCUGGGCGCCAGGUACCAAAGUACCGUCGGAAUACCGACUUAUUUUUCGCCCUACCUCGCCAAAUACGACCUUCCGAGCCACCCGACACAGGUGACCGAGGACGGUCCGGCUACUCAGCUCCAACUGAGGUACGAAGUGGUAGAGGGGCUGGCCCAAGGUGAGAGUAACAACACGAGGUAA